AUCCGUCGUCGUCGUCGUCGUGGUGCUCUCGCGCCAUUGGCGCCAACCUUAACAACCGCAAUCGCAAUGCCAAGCUGCUUCACCCUCGACUCCGCCUCCGAUGAUGGAAGAAGCACUGCCCAGGGCCAGGGAUGGCCCGCCGGAGUCGGUGGCUUCCUGUCCGGCUUCUUCUCCGCCGGCGCGGCGCGCGCGGACGGAGGGAAGCCGUCGCCGGACUGGGACGCGCACGGCCUCGCGGCUAGCGCGCUGCCGGUGCCGCUCUCCAGGCUGGACGGCAAGAAGAGGUACAAGGUCUCGGAUCUCACCUUCCUCAACUGCCGCACCCGCGCCGCCGCCGCCGCCGCCGCGGAGGCCCCCCUCUUCGACGCGCUGCGCCCCGGCGGCGUCUACACCAGGGCGCAGCUGCGCGACGAGCUCGACGCGCUCGCCACCUCCGGCAUGUUCGACCACGUCACCCUCCAAACCAAGCCCAAGCCGGACGGCACGCUCGGCCUCACCGUCUCCUACGCCGAGACCGAGUGGCCCGCGGUCGAACACUUCAAGUGCAUCAACGUGGGCGGCCCCAUGGCGCGGCCGGACGGCGAUGAGCUCGAGCUCGACGACGACAUGACGGCGAGGGAGAGGAUGGAACACCUCCGGAGGCAGGAGCGCGAGUACCAGCAGCUCGUCCGCCGCGCCAAGCCGUGCGUACUGCCGGAGAAGUUGCAGAGGGAGCUGCAAGGGAUGGUGAAGAGGCAGAGGAAGGUGAGCUCCGGGCUGCUCAAGAGGAUGGCGGGGCGCAUCGAGAGGUGGUACCACGACGAGGGGUUCCAUUGCGCGCAGGUGGUCAGCUACCACGGCAACCUCGACGCCGGCGAGGUGGUGUGCGAGGUGGUGGAGGGGGACAUCACCAAGGUGGAGUACCAGUUCCUGGACAAGCUCGGCAAUGUCGUCGACGGCAACACCAGCAUCCCUCUCAUUGACAGGGAGCUUCCUCAACAGCUUCGUCCUGGGCAUAUCUACAACAAUGGGGCGGGGAAGCAGGCUCUGAAGAAUAUCGAUUCGCUUGGUUUGUUCUCCACUAUAGAAGUACAGCCUCGCCCUGAUGAGACAAAUCAAGGGGGAGUAAUAGUUGCAAUUAAGCUCAAGGAACAUGACCCAAAAUCAGCUCAGGUGAUCACAGAUUGGAGCAUUGUGCCUGGCUCUCAAGGAAGACCAACUCUGGCGUCCAUUCAACCAGGAGGAACUGUGUCAUUUGAGCACCGCAACAUCUGUGGUCUAAAAAGGUCUCUCAUUGGUUCUGUUACAUCCAGCAACUUGCUCAACCCUGAGGAUGAUCUUUCGUUCAAGCUGGAGUAUGCCCAUCCUUAUCUGGAUGGUAUCGACAACCUUAGUAGGAACCGCACCUUCAAAAUUAGCUGUUUCAACUCCAGGAAAUUGAGUCCUAUAUUCGUUGCUGGUCCCAAUAUGUAUGAAGCUCCACCUAUCUGGGUUGAUAGAAUUGGAUUUAAAGCCAAUAUAACAGAGAGCUUCACAAAGCAGAGCAAAUUCACGUAUGGCCUCAUAGUGGAAGAGAUUACAACACGCGAUGAGAAUAACAAUAUAUGUACACAUGGUUCUCGACAAUUGCCUAGUGGCGCCUUGAGCAUGAUUGGACCUCCCACAACCUUAAGUGGGACUGGCGUAGACCGAAUGGCGUUUCUACAAGCUAAUAUAACUCGAGACAAUACAGAGUUCGUCAAUGGUGCAACAAUCGGUGACAGAUGUAUAUUCCAGAUGGACCAAGGUCUCGGCAUUGGAAGCAAGAACCCGUUCUUCAACCGUCAUCAGCUUACAGUGACGAAAUUCAUAAAUUUGAACAAGCAAGAGAAAGGCUCUCGCAAGCCACCACCAGCUGUUUUGGCUCUUCAUGGCCGUUAUGCUGGGUGUGUAGGAGAUUUGCCAAGCUAUGAUGCAUUUGCACUUGGAGGACCUCAUUCAGUAAGGGGCUACGGUAUGGGUGAAUUGGGUGCUUCCAGAAAUCUUCUUGAGGUUGCCACUGAGCUGAGCGUGCCUAUCACCGUGAAGAACAGACACACGCAGGUGUAUGCAUUUGCUGAGCAUGGCACUGAUCUUGGGAGCUCCAAGGAUGUGGAAGGGAACCCUACUGAGUUUUUCAGACGUGUUGGCCAUGGCUCAUCCUAUGGCGUCGGUGUCAAGCUUGGUGCGGUAAGGGCAGAGUAUGCUGUUGAUCACAAUGCUGGCACAGGGGCCUUCUUCUUGAGAUUUGGUGAGAGAUUCUAGUCUAGGUGAUGUGUUCCAGCUAGCUCCAGUCACCGGAAAGGUCAUAAGAUUUCUCUUCAGGAUUCAUACUACAAUGCCAAUAUCACACAAGGUUAUCUUCAUGUGUUCCAAUUGGCUUCACUCUGUGUAUGAUGCUUUCACAGGAACAACAGGAUACUAUGCGCAAUGCUGCUACACGCUUGGAAUUGGUAGCCAAGGAACUUUUACUCCAGUUUGGAUGGCGUAGUACCUACAGAAUUUUGUGAUAGAAUCUACGUGAUUUUAAAAAAUAUUAUUUUAGUAAUUCAUAUUAUCUGCAAAAGUUGGGGGUUUGUCCCAUCUCGCCUUUUUUAAGCUCUUUUCUAUUCACUUCUGGACUUUUUUGGCUGUAUGCCUACGGGCAGAGACCGGAGAUGUAACCUAUUUCCAUUAUCUUAAAAAAAAGGAUUAGAGGACACGGAAAAUCUUAAGGUUCA